AUGACCAUACGACAAGAUAACAAAGAGCCAGACAUAUCCUUUGGACCGGCUGAUUUGAGAAAUUUAGUACAACCACACAGUGAUGCUUUAGUGUUCUCUGUAGAAGUGGCUAAUUGUACAAUACACCGGAUCUUCGUUGACACGGGGAGUGCAGUCAAUAUCAUAUACAUGGAUUGCUUGACAGCUAUGGAUCUGAACGCAGCCCUGAAGCCCUCAGGCGCCCCUCUAUAUGGUUUCACUGGAAAGUCAAUUACUCCAGUCGGAUCGAUAGAGUUACCCAUGACAUGGGGACAAGCGGGAGCAUCCAGGACUCGAAUCUUGCACUUUCUGAGGGAGGAAAAGUAUGGGAGGUGUGUGGAAAACCAGAUCAUAUCUAAGAAAUGCCACGUCCGAAGUUUGACAUCCCGAGCUACUCGAAAGAGAUCACAUAAUGAAAUAGACUACACAAGAGCAAGCAUCACCAGAGUUGUUAAUCCAAGAGCUGAAAAUAUCAUCGAACGAGCAGAAGUAGAAGGAUUCAAGAAAAAUCCAGACAAACAACCCAUGAUUUCCACCAGUGACCACUAUUUGGAAGGAAUUGAUCGGGCUCUGGCAGAGCAUCGCUUGAACGUAAAUCCAGCCAUUAAACCCGUGGUGCAACAGACACGACACUUUGGUCCAGAAAAGGAUGCGGCCAUCCGUGAGCAAAUUCAAACCUUGUUAAAAGCCGGGCACACAGUAGAGUUUCAUUACCCGAUCUGGCUAUCCAACGCUAUAAUGUUCGAGAAAAAGGAAAAAAUAUGGCGCAUGUGUGUAGACUACAGAUAUCUAAAUGUGGCUUGUCCAAAGGAUUGUUAUCCGUUACCACGCAUAGAUCAGUUGGUUGAUUCCACCGCUGGGUAUGAAUUACUCUCUAUGAUGGAUGCCUUUCAAGGAUACCAUCAGAUCAGCAUGCAUCCAACUGAUAUAUCUAAGACUGCCUUCGUCAGUUAUUGCGGUGUGUUCGGAUGGGCUAGAAUGCCUUUCGGCCUCAAAAAUACGGGGGCUACUUAUCAGCGUAUGAUGGACACCAUCUUUGAAGGGCAGAUCGGACGCAUCAUGUCUGUUUAUGUGGAUGACAUGAUGGUCCAGAGUAAAGGCUUGACAUCCUAUCCGCGAGAUUUGGAUGAGGUUUUUGACGUCAUCCGUAGAAACAUAUUAAUGCUGAAUCCUAACAAAUGCACAUUUAGGCUAUCAAGUUACUCUUCAGGGGAUAGAAGUGAACAAAGACAAAAUCCAGGCAAUCAUGGACAUGACACUCCCGAGAAACAUUAA